AUGGAUUUAGGGGAUUCCGACAAAUCCAUAAAGAGAAUUGAUUCUGUAUACAGAAAGCGACCAAAUGAAAACCCUGUUAAACUCGGUGACAGAGUGAAUGCUGAGGUCAAACAACCGAAAAAUGUAGAAGCCAAAGAAGAUGGCAUCAAACCCACUUUACCAAAACAUAAAAAUAAAGAAUUUAAUCACAUUAAUGCUGAACCGAAAGUGAAUUUGAAUGCAAGGGCAGACUUUAAAGAAUCACCAGUAAACAUAUCCAAACACAGAAACGCCACUAGUUCUAUUAUAAAAGCCGUCGUGAAUAAAACGGCUUCAAACAGUAAAGAGGCGAAAUUGAACCAGAUUAAGAAAGACAUACUUCCAAUAGCUCAAACUCCCGGAUUACCCAAAGCGCCACCUGUUGUUCAGGAAGAGGUUCACCCUCAAAUAGAACAAGAAAAGAAGAAAUUAGAAAUUAGCCCAAAGGACUCGAAGGACCAAAAAGUCCCUGAACCACCGCCAGAACCACAAAAGCCAGUCAAUGAUCAUGUGAAUCCUGACAGACAUCAGAAUCAUCCUGAAAAGAGCGAUCGAGUAGAAUCUCUUUCUAAAACUGCCCAAAAUGAAGACAAUGAAAAGCUCGUUCUCAUUAACAGCGAUAGAAAAGACAUCAACACAUCUAACAAGAGUGAUUCCAACGUAACGAAAGAACAUGUACAGCUGACAAGUCAACCAAAGGUGCAACCAAAACAUCCGGUGCAGGUGACAAAUUCCACAGUUAAAAAGACGUCAGGUCUCCAUAAAGUGAUUGCUUUGGAUGUAACGGUCCACCCGAGAGACUUCCAGGCCGUGGGGCAGUUUGGACAGCCCGCAUUGGUGCCAAAGAACAAAGAGCAUGAAGCGAGGAGGCGAUGGAGUGAAGGCUACUUCAACGUGUUCCUGAGCGAGCAGAUACCAGUGGACAGAGCCAUCCCAGACACAAGACCUCAGGCGUGCUCAGAAAACCUGGUUCACAAUGAUUUACCCACCACCAGCGUGAUCUUCUGCUUCGUAGACGAGGUGUGGUCCACUCUGCUCAGGUCCGUCCACAGCGUUCUCAACAGGUCUCCUCCACAUCUUCUCGAAGAGAUCAUCCUGGUCGACGACUUCAGCACCAAAGACCAGCUGAAAGAACCCCUUGAUGCUUACAUGUCUAAGUUUCCCAAAGUGCGGAUCAUACGACUCAAAGAGAGACAGGGACUGAUCAGGGCACGACUGGCAGGUGCUGCCGUUGCCAAAGGUGAAGUUCUGACAUUUUUGGACUCUCACAUUGAGUGUAAUGUGGGCUGGCUGGAGCCCCUGUUGGAGAGAGUUUACCUGGACAGGAAGAAGGUGGCAUGUCCUGUCAUCGAAGUUAUCAGUGACAAGGAUAUGAGUUAUGUGCUAGUGGACAGUUUCCAGAGAGGCAUAUUCAGAUGGCCCUUGGUGUUUGGAUGGAGCACUCUGCCUGAAGACUACAUCAAAAAGCAUCAGAUGAAGGACUCAGAUCCUAUCAAGUGUCCAGUAAUGGCAGGAGGUCUGUUUUCUAUAGACAAGAAGUACUUUUACGAACUCGGCGCCUAUGACCCAGGCCUGGAUGUUUGGGGCGGAGAAAAUAUGGAAAUCUCAUUCAAGAUCUGGAUGUGUGGGGGAGAGAUUGAAAUUAUCCCCUGUUCACGAGUGGGUCACAUAUUCCGAGGGGAGAACCCGUACAAGUUCCCCAAGGACCGGCAGAAGACCGUGGAGCGGAACCUGGCCCGAGUAGCAGAGGUUUGGUUGGACGAGUACAAGGAGCUGUUCUACGGCCAUGGUUACCACCACCUACUGGACAAGAAUGUGAUCGACAUAGGAAACCUGACGGAACAGAUUCAGCUGAGGGAGAGACUCAAGUGCAAGAGCUUUAAAUGGUAUCUGGAGAACGUCUAUCCUGAUAUGGAGGCUCCACUGGUGAAGGCAGAAGGGCUGAUUUUCAAUCUCGGAGCCAGAAAAUGCUUAGCUCUUCAUAAAGAAUCCCUUUCAUUUGAGAUUUGCGAUCUCAGCAAGCAGACCCAGCACUUUAAUUACACCUGGAUGAGAAUGGUCCGUCAGCAGGGCUCCUGUGUGGCCCCUCAGAGACCCGGUCAGAGCGUGACUGUUGAACCCUGCGACACGACCAAGUCCUAUCUCCGCUGGCUGCACAAGUCCUCCAAUAAAGUUCUGGGGGAGCAUUUGAUGAUGGAGAAUGCUCCUCUCCGUAUGUGUUUGGAGGCGCCAUCCAAAGGAGACAGCAUUUACCUGAGGGAGUGUGACCCCGGCAGUCCUUUUCAGAAGUGGCAGUUCACACACUACUACGCACAGUGACCAGAGCUGUAGAAACACAGGUGGUUCUGUUUUGUUGACCAGAAAAGCCACCUACACUCAGUUUUUAUAUCUAUUUCUUUACAUUUCUUUUCUCCAUAUAUUGUUUGUGAGAUGCCAGAUGUGGCAGAAUGUUUUGUCCUAUAACGCAGUUUUGGUGUACGGGAGGUUUUGGGAUCUGUGCAAUGUUUUGUUUUGUUUGUUUGUUUGUUUGUUUCUUUCAUUUUUUUAAACCGUCGUUUUCUGAACUUUUCUGCAAAUAUUCAUUGGAAUGGAAUGGAAUAACAUAAAG